CGCGCGGGACGGCCGCCUGGGCCCGGGGGCGGGGUCAGGGAGGCCCUGCCCAGCAGCCACCUGCGACAGGUGGAGCGCGCGGCGCCGGGUCGGCGCUCGGCCAUGUCCGCGGAGAGCGCGGGGCUGGGGCCGGGGCCGGGGUCGGGACCCGGACCGGAGCCGGGACCGGGGCCGGGACCGGGACCGGCACCCGGGCCGGGGUCCGAGCCGGGGCCGCUCUGCCCCGAGCACGGCCAGGCUCUGAACUGGUUCUGCUGCUCGGAGCGACGGCCGGUGUGCGCCGCCUGCGCGGAGCUGGGCGGCCGCUGUAAGGGACACCGCAUCCGUCCGGCUGCGGAGCGCGCUGAAGAACUGCGGAACAAGAUUGUGGACCAGUGUGAGAGACUGCAGUUACAGAGUGCCAGCAUCAACAAGUAUGUGGCCGAGGUCCUGCCAGGGAAGAACCAGAGAGCAGUGAGCACGGCCAGUGCAGCGCGGGAGCUGGUCAUCCAGCGGCUGAGUCUGGUGAGGAGUCUGUGUGAGACUGAGGAGCAGCGGUUGCUAGAACGGGUGCAUGGUGAAGAGGAGCGGGCCCACCAGAGCAUCCUGACGCAGCGAGUACACUGGGCCGAGGCUCUGCAGAAGCUCGACACCAUCCGCACCAGCCUGGUGGACAUGCUCACCAGUAUGGAUGACCUCCAGCUGAUUCAGAAGGAGCAGGAGAUUUUUGAAAGGACCGAGGAAGCAGAGGGCAUUUUGGAUCCCCAGGAGUCGAAAAAAUUAAACUUUAAUGAGAAGUGUGCUCGGAGCCUACUACUGACCCAACUCUGGGCAACAGCGGUUUUUGGGUCCCUCUCAGGCACGGAGGAUGUACGUAUCGACGAGAGGACUGUCAGCCCCUUCCUCCAAUUGUCAGAUGAUCAAAGGACCCUGACCUUCAAUGCCAAGAAGUCCAAGGCCUGUGUAGAUGGCCCAGAGCGCUUUGACCACUGGCCCAAUGCCCUGUCCACCACCUCCUUCCAGGCUGGGCUGCAUACCUGGAUGGUGAACGUGCAGAACAGUUGUGCCUAUAAGGUGGGUGUGGCCUUAGGCCAGCUGCCCCGUAAGGGUUCUGGCAGUGACUCUCGUCUGGGCUACAAUGCUUUCUCCUGGGUCUUCUCCCGCUACGACCAGGAAUUCUGUUUCUCACACGAUGGGCAGCACGAGCCCCUGGGGCUGCUGCGCUGCCCAGCCCAGCUGGGCGUGCUGCUGGACUUGCAGGCCCAGGAACUGCUAUUCUACGAGCCGGCGUCGGGCACGGUGCUCCACACCCACCACGCGUCCUUCCCUGGGCCCCUCUUCCCAGUCUUUGCUGUGGCUGACCAGACCAUUUCCAUCGUCCACUGACCUUUGGCCCUGGGGAGGCCAGAUCUACCUCCCCACCACCGUUUUAGGCCACAUUUCUGCCCAGGGUCCUUUUCCCAGGUGUUGCCUAUGCUCAAUGGGCAGCUUUGGGAGGUAGGGAUCCGUUUCAGAUCUGGAUACAACUGUUAAAUGCUGGGUAUCUAUAGGAACCUGCUACUCCCUGGGCCUUAGUCUCCCAAAUCCACCCUCAGAGGGCGUCUUGUUCACACUUUCUCUCUGGCAUCCAGCAUGGUGCCUGAUGAGUGUGCAAUAUUUGGCGAGUGAGCAGUGGGUGGGUGGGUGGAUGGGUGGGUAGCUGGGUGGGUGCAGGUAAUACUCUUCUGGAGAAACACUGCCUUUUAGACCCUGCCCUCAGCUUCAAAAGCAUGUAAAAGUGGUUCUCUGGCAGAAAAGCCUAUGGCUGAAGUCCUUUCAUCCCCAGUUCAGUGCUUCUCAGUCCUUUCCAUAACAUGGCACAUAGAUGAAAUAUUCUUAGAGCACACAAGGACACAUGGAAGGAUUUAGAACUCCUGCCAGGCUGCUGCUUGUCAGAGGACUCUGGCCAGGGGGACUGUGUCCUCCCCCCAGGUCCUGCCGGGGCACUCAGAAGACAGAGGGGAUCCCAUCACGGUAACAGGGAUGAACUCCCCUCCCCCGCCCCGACUGCAGCUGAUGAGUACCCCACCUGAUGGCCCCUUCUGACAUAAUGUGGAGACCUGGGGUGAGCGCCUCAGGUCAGAAAGAGCUGAGGGAAUACAAGGGCCAGCCUUAGGAAACACAUACUUUAUUAAACGUUUUAAAAGAUUGAAAAUUUC